AUCUAAUUCUUCUCGCCUCUUUCAUCAUGUGGCCAGCAGGAUGGGAUUCAGUGACCAUUCGUGAAGUAUGCGGAGGUAGUGUUGGACCUUAUUCGAAAGGAAACUGUUCUAUAGGCUGGGCACCGUUAACUGCUAUGUUUGGAAUAAUUCUGUUGUUAAUCAGUGCAAUCCUGUCUAUUGCAGUUGACAAAUCAAUCACUACACAGACAGCAACAAGACAAAUAUUAUUGAAUGGAAAGUCAUGCGUUUUCCUUCACUAAUAUGUACAAAUUAUGCCUGAAAUGAUGUGAGAUGAAAUAUUUGGUUUAGACAUAUUUUUAUUGGGUAUUUAUUAUUAUUCAUACAGCUUAGAUGAUGAUUUAUGCUUAUACUGACAUAGAGAAGAGAAUAUGAGACAAAAUAUACAUUCAUACACAUUUAUGAUACUAUGUAAAUAAACAUUCCAAUUUGAUUUUGAUGCGCAAAAAGAUGCACACCUAUUUAAACAAAAUUUGUAAAAAAUUAAACAAAUCCAAACACAUACACACAUAUAUAUAUAACAUUCAAUAGUCACAGUUGCUGAUAAACUAAUGUUGUUUUUUUGUUUGUCUAAACAUCCGCUAUCGAUAAUUGCGUUAUCUCUAUGCUUGCUUUUUAGUUCUGAAU